UUGCUCAGACUGAGAGUCUGAAUCUGAGAGGAAGAAAGCUGGUGAAGGUUCACUGUUAUUUUUCCUGCCACACAUACAAUUAUCCUCUACAGAAAGGAUUUAUAUUUUUGUUUUUCACUCUCAUACUUUGUGGAUUUUACGGACCUCGGACAACAGAGAAGUCUGAAAAGUCUUUCUUGAACUUUGCGAAAGGAUCUAAACUUUUCUCACAGGACAGCAACCAGAUUUAAAAGAUUUACAACUAUUUCAUAGUCGUGUUAAGGUCAUUAGCUGUGUGGGAAUCUUUCCUCUGGCAUGGCGUCUGGGAAGGAGCUACUUAUUCUUGGCUUAUUGUGUAUGCUGGGGAAAUGUUUCCCUGAGUGUGACCUGGGCUUAACAUCAAAAGGCCGUGAAUGCGUUGAUAUGGAUGAGUGCCAAGAUCAACCAUGUGGAAAUUACACAAAGUGUAUUAACACACAUGGCAGCUUUUACUGCCAGUGCCAGUCAGGUUUCAAAAACAUCAAAGGGCAGACUAAAUUCACGCUGGAUGGACAAUGCAAAGAUAUCAAUGAGUGCACUGAUUUUGACAAUAUCUGCGGUCCUGCUGCUAAUUGUUCGAAUCUGAUCGGGAGCUUCAAGUGCAUCUGCCACUCUGGGUACACCAAUGCCACCAGUAGCUCUGGAAACUGCACAGACAUAGAUGAAUGCAGCGAAGCUGAAAAGCAAAAAGAAGACCUCUGUGGAAGGAAAGGGACUUGCAAAAACACAAAUGGGAGUUACUGGUGCGAAUGCUCAAAGGGAUACACCAACUAUGGCUACAACAGGAUCCCAUGCUCAGAGCUCAAAUGUGACAGCUUCAGUGGGGAAGGCAAGCCUGCGCCGUUGCUCGGAGGCCUGGCAGACAUUUUGUUCAUGAUGAGAAACAACUGUUUGACUCUGUCUAACCCAAGCACCUCUGGUGAAAGUAAGACCGAUGGAGAGGCGCAACUGGAGAAACUUUUCACAGCAACUGAGGACAUUCUGUCCCUCGGUCAACUGCACAGUAGUGAGGAUGUGAGUGGAUUGCUCGUUACGCUGGAAAACGCUAUUAUGCUCAUCGGCCCACAACUCAAAGACAACCGCACCAAGAUAGAGACCACUGAGACAGAUGCAGAGAUUGCAGUACAGAGAGGAAAGACACCACCAACUGGACCAAUCCAUCUGGCCAAUGAGAAUGCUGCACUUGACACCGACUGGACAACAGCAGCGGGAACGGGAUCAUACCCUGGUUUUGCUAUGGCUGCAUUGCUGAGCUACAAGAACCUCGAGAUAUCUGCCAACCGGUCCUUUGAUGAGCUCACAGGACAUGAAAAAAAUGGCGUGGAUCCCUCCUCCUAUCAGAUCUCCUCUAGAGUUGUGUCUGUUGUGGUCUCCAACCCAUCCACUCAGAACCUGAGCCGCAGUGUCAACAUCACCCUCAAACAUCUUAAGGCCAAAAGGGAGUCCCCUCAGGUGGGCUACAUCUGUGCGUUCUGGACUGAGAAAGGGGUCUGGUCCACAGAUGGUUGUUAUCAACAGCAGUCCAACGCCACACACACAGUGUGCACAUGUGAACAUCUGAGCAGCUUUGCUGUUCUCAUGGCACUCUACCCCAUAGAGCAUACCUUUGGGCUCGAGCUGGUGACCAAGAUAGGGCUGACCAUCUCGCUGCUAUGUCUCAUACUGUGCAUCCUGACAUUCAAGUUCUGCCGCUCCAUACAAGGGACCCGCACCACCAUCCAUCUGCACCUCUGCAUCUGCCUCUUCAUGGCUGACCUCAUCUUUCUGGCUGGCAUUUCACGAACCGAACCUGUGGGCGGCUGCAGGUUUGUUGCAGCGAUGCUCCACUUCUUCUUCCUGGGAGUGUUCACCUGGAUGCUGUUAGAAGGGGUGCAGCUGUACCGCAUGGUGGUCCUGGUGUUCAAUGCCACCAUUCGGCCCCUCUACUUAUACCUCGCUGGUUACGGGCUCCCCCUCAUUAUUCUCAUUAUAUCUGCCAUCUCUAGACCAGACGGAUACGGCACGGACCAGUACUGCUGGCUGUCCCUGAAAGACGGCCUCAUCUGGAGUUUCUUCGGCCCUGUGUGCUUCAUCAUCAUCCUCAAUGUCUUCUUUUUCAUCGUCACCGUCUGGAAGCUCGCCCAGAAAUUCACCAGCCUCAACCCAGACCUCUCCAAACUGCACAAAAUCAAAGCUUUCACAGUGACAGCUAUCGCCCAGAUUUGCAUACUGGGUCUGAUGUGGGUGUUUGGGGCCUUCAUGUUUGACGAGGGCUCCACAGCUAUAGCAUACAUCUUCACUAUCCUCAACAGCCUGCAGGGAGCGUUGGUCUUCAUCAUGCACUGCCUGCUGUCUAAACAGGUGAGAGACGAGUACGCCCAUUUCCUGUCCUGUAUCUGCACACCACAAAAGAAGAGAUACUCGGACUUCAGCAGUACCAACCCCUCCAGCAGUCAGUCACAAGGUUCUCGGAGUGGGCAGCACACCGGAGAAUCCCAGAUAUGAAGCGCUCUAUCUUUUAUUCUACCCCAGAGACAGACUAUCACAUCUUUACAUUAUCUGGAUUAAGUUUGCCCUGAUUUUAAAGGUUUGGAUGACUUCAAAUGAAAAUUCAGUCAUUAUUUACUCACCUUGAUGUCAACUGAAGCACUGGUAAAGAUAAUCAGGGCCCCCCAAGGAGGUCAUGCUGGGUCAUGUGAUGUUUGACAAGGAAUAAAUGAAAUUAAUGGGAUCAAACUAAAAAAGAAAAAAUAAAUCCAGUUAUAUGAAUGGCAUCAUCUGCCAAAUCAAUUGCAUUAUGCAUCAGAUAGUCUACCCUUGACCUCUUAUUUUUGCUUCUUUUUCCCCUCACUGAUGUUGGAUCAUGUUGUUUUGAUGAUGACUGAAAUUUGGUUUUAGUGUGUCAUUAUUGUCACAGCAGGCAAGAAGUAGCCAACUUCUACAAGUGCUUAUUCAGGAAGUGAAAGUGAAAACUUUUCUUACCAGUUCAUCCAAAACAUAUCACAAUAUAAGCUGUAUUGCCUUCAGAAGGAUUCAAAGCUAUACUGACAGAGUAUUUAUUAUCAAGUGCAGACUACAAAGUCUACAUUAUGUAGGCUGCAAGAAAAUAUGAAUGAUGCUCCAUAUGUUAACAGCAUGAGCAGAUAGUUUGCGCUGUAUUUUAUGUUAAUGUUUUAUGUGAAAAUAAGGUUGAGCGUGCUUUUUAUUGAUGGGAUCUUCACAGAAAAUAUUUGUCUCUAUGUACUGUAUGUAACAGCAUUUUAUAUUAGCAAAGAAACAACUUACUUUUGACCCACAAAGUGCCUCUGACGUUCACCUCAUGUCCCUGUAAAUCAUAUGUGGUCUCCUAUAAAGGAUUUUAUGUCUGUUGUUUCUUGAUUUCAAACAAAACAAGUGAUUUUUAAUCACUUGUGGCUAGUUUUUAAAGAUUUUUUCUUGAUUUGCUAUUGAGCUGUGCCUUUUGUCACUGGUUUAUAAGGGGAUAUGUUUUCUGGCUUUUAGUUACGAAACAGAAAAACAUAUCCAACCCCAAAAAAAUAGUUUCUUGGGAAAUUCACAAAAAUGAGGUCCACCCUUCUGAUAAGCCCUCAGCUUCCUGUAAUCAAACUGUGUUUAUGGAAUCAAAUUCCUUUUUGUCGUCUUGUUGUCUUGUUGUAGCCGUCAGCCUCUGUCUCCACACAAUGUUAGUAACUGUAAGGUAUCACAUUCCUAAAAUGAGAGGUGUUUAUCAUUGUGAUGAAGUGUAAUGGGAAAUGUACAGAACUUUUUUGUGCUGUUGCACUUUUCUGCAGUAAAAAUGAUAAUGCAGCACAUCUUUGCUCACAUGAUGCAUGUGAUAAUCAAGAAGACUUGAGACGCAGCCUCUUGUGCAGAACUUGAACAGUUUGUUUGUUGUAAUAAAACUAUCAGUUAUAUAUUUUCUUUUUUUAAAUAAAAAAUGUCUAGACACACUGAUCAGCAGCAAAAAAGAGAAAACGUUUGGAAUCCAAAUUAAUUUGGAUUACAAUUACAAUUUGGAUUGGAUAAACAUUUGGAUUAAUCCUUCGUUUAAGACUACAGAUGUGUUUGUUUUAAGAAGUAAACUGUUUCACAGUUCUUUUGUGAGGCUGCACUUUUUUGUGACCAUUUUUGUGACCUUUUAUUCAUGCAUUGCAAGGUGUAUUUUUAUGUUAAAAAGCUAUGCACAUUUUGCAGAAUUUUGUGAAUGUAAAGAUCUUAUUCUUAGAAUAUACUAUAGGAGUUAAUGUUUGAAGGUAUAUGAACUUAUUUUUCUACUUUGUUUUGUUGUAUGUUGUUUGGUACUGUUUUCUUUAAAGCACCACGAAUUUUAUUAAAGCUUUUAUCAGCA